CAAGUACGAUGAUGAUGAGCUUCGGGAAUAUUUACCGGAGAUAGUAACAGACGCAGAAGAUGCUUGGGUCAGAACAACCCUACGUAUCAACGACCUUAAAACCAAGAAAGGAGGAUACUUCAGCAACAGAGGAUAUGCAUAG